GGCACCGGGUUGGGCGGGGUCGAGCGGAGGAGCCCCGGGGACGAGGCGGGGGGUCCCGGGGGUCUCGGGUGGGGGUGGAGCCGCACGUCGUCGCCGCCGCGGGGGUGCCGGGACUCCCGGCCGCAGGGCCGCCGCCAUCACGGACUUCCUGUGGGACAAGCGCACGGGCCUGGCCGCCAGAACGAUGCCCCAUCCCCGACGGUACCACUCCUCAGAUCGUGGCAGCAGAGUAAGUUACCACCAGCAUUAUCGGAGCCGGAAGCACAAGAGACGAAGAAGCCGCUCAUGGUCCAGCAGCAGUGACCGUACCCGGCGGCGGCGGCGAGAAGACAGCUACCAUGUCCGCUCCCGCAGCAGCUAUGACGAUCGUUCCUCGGACCGGAGGGCCUAUGACCGUCGAUACUGUGGCAGCUACCGGCGCAAUGAGUACAGCCGGGAACGGGGCGAGGCCUACUAUGACCCAGACUACCGGCACUCCUAUGAGUACCAUCGGGAGGAUGGCAGCUACCGCAGCCAGCACAGCAGCCGCAGGAAGCACCGGAGGCGUCGGCGGCGCAGUCGGACAUUCAGCCGCUCCUCUUCGCAGCACAGCAGCCGGAGAGCCAAGAGUGUAGAGGACGACGCUGAGGGCCACCUCAUCUACCACGUCGGGGACUGGCUACAAGAACGAUAUGAGAUCGUCAGCACCCUGGGAGAAGGCACCUUUGGCCGAGUGGUGCAGUGUGUCGACCAUCGCAGGGGUGGGGCUCGAGUCGCUCUGAAGAUCAUCAAGAAUGUGGAGAAGUAUAAGGAGGCUGCUCGACUUGAAAUCAAUGUGCUAGAGAAGAUCAACGAGAAGGACCCUGACAACAAGAACCUCUGUGUCCAGAUGUUUGACUGGUUUGACUACCAUGGCCACAUGUGUAUCUCCUUUGAACUUCUGGGCCUUAGCACCUUCGAUUUCCUCAAAGACAACAACUACCUGCCUUACCCCAUCCACCAAGUGCGCCACAUGGCCUUCCAGCUGUGCCAGGCCGUCAAGUUCCUCCAUGAUAACAAGCUGACACAUACGGACCUCAAGCCUGAAAACAUUCUCUUUGUGAAUUCGGAUUAUGAGCUUACCUACAACCUAGAGAAGAAGCGAGAUGAGCGCAGUGUGAAGAGUACAGCAGUGCGUGUGGUGGACUUUGGCAGCGCCACCUUUGACCAUGAGCACCACAGCACCAUCGUCUCCACGCGCCAUUACCGGGCCCCAGAGGUCAUCCUUGAGUUGGGCUGGUCCCAGCCUUGUGACGUGUGGAGCAUAGGGUGCAUCAUCUUCGAAUACUAUGUUGGCUUCACCCUCUUCCAGACCCAUGACAACAGAGAGCAUCUAGCCAUGAUGGAAAGAAUCUUGGGUCCUAUCCCUUCCCGGAUGAUCCGAAAGACAAGGAAACAGAAAUAUUUUUAUCGGGGUCGCCUGGAUUGGGAUGAAAACACAUCAGCUGGGCGCUACGUUCGAGAAAACUGCAAACCACUACGGCGGUAUCUGACCUCAGAGGCGGAAGAACACCACGAGCUCUUCGAUCUGAUCGAAAGCAUGCUCGAGUAUGAACCUGCUAAGCGGCUAACCUUGGCCGAAGCCCUUCAGCAUCCUUUCUUCGCCCGCCUUCGGGCUGAUCCGCCCAACACGAAGUUAUGGGACUCCAGUCGAGAUAUCAGUCGGUGACGAUCGGGCCCUGGGCCUCCCUGCAUCUCUUACAGUAGUGGGGACCCAGUCCAGGACACUGGUGCUUUUUUAUACACGAGAACAGAGCCAGAGCCCUCUCCUUCCUCCUGGCUCAUGUCUAGCUGUGAAUAUGUACAGUAGUGUAAAUAUGAAGAAACUGGUACCUCCGCUUCCACCCCUCCCCUGUACAGAAUGCUCUUCAACCCCCACACUCAUUCCACCCUCGCCUGCCCCUCACUUGAGUCACUUGGGGCAGGUGGAAUUAAUUCAGCGGCAUCUCAUGUUUUAUAAGGAAUUUUGUACAGUCUUUGUGAAAUAAAAUGACGUGCUUCAUCC